UUUUGUGGUCAGGUCAACGAUUUGUCACUCUUUAGCGAUCUCCAACUUUUCAUAAAUACCUAAAAAGCGUAAACUCGGUCUACUAAGAAUCAUUGCGUACCGAGGACAGGAGAAAUCGUGCUCGGGCGGGAGCCACGAUCAUGGAACAGCAAACCCAAUCUCCGAGAGCUAUGAUUUGUCGCCGGGUUGUCGACUCCGAUGGAGUCGCGAGACUUGUCCUAGAGCCGGUGGACAAAGCCGAAGUCAAACCCCAGCCAGCCGAGUCCGUCGCUGAAGUUCCGCAGACGAUCGAACCGGGGCCUGAGGAAACCAAAGCAGAGAGUUCUCUCAGCAAGCCCCAGAAGCCAUAUAUUUCAUGCGAAAAGUGUGGUAAGAAAUUCUUCGUGACAGACACCACCUAUAAACGAACGCCGAAGGAGCGACUCAGUCUUCAUAUUAUCACCGAACACAAUCGGGAACGACUCUACCAAUGCCCUUACGAUGGAUGUUUCAAGGCCUACAAUACGGUGAAGUUACUCCAGCAGCAUAAAACGGUCCAUACGAACAAGAAGAGGCAUUCCUGUGGUCAAUGCUCGAAACAAUUUCACCGGAAAACUCAUCUCUUGGCACAUAUGAGACGCCAUUCCGCCAAUCCCGAGUUUAAACCGAGGGCCAGUCGGAGGAAGCUGAACCCGUAUAUCCAGUUUCAGAAAAAGAAAGAAGCAGCUCGCCAAGAAUGGGACGACGCUGAGCUACCGAAUGUAAACGAGCCGGUCGUGACAGAGGAGGAACUGGAGGAACUGCGCCGUCGACAGGCCGAGAUGGUUGAGGAAGAGGUCGCAAAAACCUUCCCCUUCAGGGCCGACGAUUUGGAAGAAGGAUACGAGGACGAAGAAGAGCUGGACGAGUGCUGA